AUGCUUGAGCGCCUUGCCAAUCAUCAAUACUACUGUUUCUUGGAUGGAUACUCAGGAUUUUUCCAAAUUCCAAUCCACCCAGAUGAUCAGGAGAAGACUACAUUCACUUGUCCCUAUGGCACAUAUGCUUAUAGGAGAAUGCCUUUUGGAUUGUGCAAUGCUCCAGCUACAUUCCAAAGGUGUAUGAUGUCCAUAUUCACAGAUCUAAUAGAAGAGAUUAUGGAGGUUUUCAUGGAUGAUUUCUCAGUAUAUGGUUCUUCCUUUGAAUCAUGUUUGGGAAAUCUUGGAAGAGUGCUACAGAGAUGUGAAGACAAGCACCUAGUUCUAAAUUGGGAGAAGUGCCACUUUAUGGUUAGAGAUGGAAUAGUGCUUGGACAUAGAAUCUCAGAGAGAGGCAUAGAAGUUGAUAAGGCCAAGAUUGAAGUCAUGACAAACCUUCAGCCGCCCAAGACAGUCAAAGAUAUCAGAAGCUUCCUAGGACAUGCUGGAUUCUACAGGAGGUUCAUUAAAGAUUUCUCACAGAUAGCAAGGCCGCUAACACGCCUAUUAUGCAAGGAUAUUAACUUUGAGUUCACAGAGGAGUGUCACAAGGCUUUCACUAAGAUCAAAGAUGCAUUGGUCAGUGCGCCAGUGGUUCAACCUCCAAACUGGGAACUACCUUUUGAGAUAAUCAGAACGCUUGAUGAGGCACAAUGCAAGUAUGCCACAACAGAAAAGGAGCUUCUAGCUAUUGUCUUUGCAUUUGAGAAGUUUCGAUCAUACUUGGUGGGAUCGAAAGUUAUAGUUCAUUCUGAUCAUGCAGCAUUAAGGCUACCUGAAGAAACAGUUUAUGCAGCUGAAGCUAGCAAUAAGCAUGGACAACUAGGCCAUCACAGGCCAGGAACAAAGAUCUCAUCAUCAAACACACCAUGGUUUCGCCACAUAGCAAACUUCCUUGCAGCUGAAUACCCACCACCAAACUUCUUUGGCUACAGAAAGAAGAAAUUUCUGCGUGAUGUAAGAAGGUACUACUGGGAUGAACCUUACUUAUACAAGAAAUGUUCAGAUGGAAUGUUUAGAAGAUGCAUACCUGAGGAAGAAGUAGAAGGAAUAUUGUUUGCUUGUCAUAGUUCUAGCUAUGCAGGCCACUUUGCCACUUACAAGACAGUAUCCAAGGUCCUACAAGCUGGAUUUUGGUGGCCAACUAUGUUUAAGGAUGCUCAUGCAUUCAUAUCAAGAUGUGAUGCUUGCCAAAGAAUGGGAAAUAUAAGCAAGAGGAAUGAGAUGCCACAGAACUUUAUACUAGAAGUUGAAGUUUUUGAUGUUUGGGGCAUUGACUUUAUGGGACCCUUCCCAACCUCUUUUGGUGACCAAUACAUUCUAGUGGCAGUUGAUUAUGUCUCCAAAUGGGUGGAAGCCAUCGCCAGCCCUACUAAUGAUGCACAAGUGGUCAUCAAGAUAAUCUUUGCCAACCUUUUGAAGAAGCAUGGAGUCACUCACAAAGUUGCCUCUCCUUACCACCCUCAAACUAGUGGACAAGUUGAGAUCUCAAACAGAGAACUCAAGAGCAUACUUCAGAAGACAACAGGCAAGACAAGAAAGGAUUGGAGUGCCAAACUAGAUGAUGCUCUAUGGGCAUACCGCACUGCCUUCAAAACACCACUUGGUACCACCCCCUUUCAUCUUGUUUAUGGUAAAGCAUGUCAUUUACCUGUGGAGCUGGAGUACAAAGCAGCUUGGGCUAUUAAGGAGUUGAACUUCAACCUAAAGACAGCAGGAGAAAGAAGAUUGAUUCAGCUAAAUGAGCUUGAUGAGAUUAGGCAUCUAGCUUAUGAGAAUUCAAAGAUCUAUAAGGAGAGAACCAAAGCUUUCCAUGACCGCAAGAUCAUCCCAAAGAACUUCGCGCCAAACGACCAAGUUCUACUAUUCAACUCAAGGUUGAAACUCUUUCCAGGAAAGCUUCGCUCAAGAUGGUCAGGACCAUUCAGGAUUAAAGAAGUUCGCCCCUAUGGAGCAGUGGUACUAUGGGACCCAAUGGGAGGAGACUUUACAGUCAAUGGACAAAGGUUAAAACCCUACCUAGCUUCCACCACCAUACCACAGGAGACCACACUGCGCUUGGCGAUCCACCAGAUCCUUAAGGAAGUGCCAUACAGUCAAGCUAAUGACUUUAAACAAAGCGCUGAAUGGGAGGCAACCCAUUGA